CUUCGAUCGUCAUGCAGCGACGUUGCGUCGCACUGCUCGCAAGUAGCGUGCUAGCUUUGCAGGGCGCUCCCACAGUGUACCUCGGACGUGUCGUUGGGAACGCGCUGCCCCCUCGACACGAUCCGCGCCGAACGCUACAAAACAUUGAAUUCAUCUUGCGCCACGAAGUAUCGGACCCGGCGCUGGAAAAGCACUGGGUUCUCAAUCGCAUCGUCGACGCCGACGUGGCGCAAGCGCUGCUGCAGCUGCUCACAUCGUACAACGCCACGUACACGGAGCUUCCGUUCGAGCUUGCCACGUACGCCGAGACGCCCUUCCGCGUCGCGUCCGAGCACGGCAAGGAUAUGGUGCAUGCCGCUGUGGCCGACAUGUGGCACAUGACGCAGAUCGAGGCGGACGUGUACGACGCCAAGAACCUCUACGUGAUGGGCAUCAACGCCGCGCGCAACCACGUCUUGGCCCUCGGACAGCGCGCGGGCGCCACGUGGAUUUUGCCGUGGGAUCAGAAUUGCUUUUUGACACCCGACGGGUGGCGUGAGCUCCGCGACGACUUGACGCACUAUGCGUCGACGGACCACAAGUAUGUCGUGACGUGGAUGGACCGGCUGCGCGCUGAGAACGACGUGGUGUUUACCUCCGACUUUGCACCGACGCCGUGGGAAGAGCCACAAGUGAGCUUUCGUUAUGACGCACGUGCGACCUUUGAUGACGCGCUGCGGUAUGGGCGACGGGAUAAGGCAGCUCUUUUGGUGCGCCUGCUUGUGCCCGGCCCUUGGUGGGACUGGGACUGGACCGAUUGGGAGCGCCGCCGGACCUCUCAAGAUGUGGUGCGCGACGCUUCCGCGAAUGUACCGUCGUCCAGCUAUGUUCUGCGGCUUUAUUCGGGAACACCGUCCCUCGAAGAGCCCGGGAGUAGCACCCAGCGCGAGCUGACGCGGGCGACCUCCAUUACGCGGAUGCUCCAGCACCUCGACGCAAAGGUCUUGACGGACGUGUAUGCAUUUGACGCGAAAAACCUCGCGCUCUUGCACGACGGACCUGUCGACAACGAUGACACAGGCCACGAGCUCGUCAACGCGGCCGAGACAAGUCUCCACAACUUGUCACCAUCCAUGGCCCCCGAGUUGCAGCUCUCGUCGAUUGUGCGGGGCGCAGCGCAGCUUCUACUGGCGGCCCAACAGAGUGGCCGCUCCGCGUAUGCCGCGCGAGGGGUGGCGCUCUUAGAGCGCUGGUUUACCUCCCAUGAAAUUGAGAACGAACUUGGUGUACAAGGCCCCGAUACGAUCGCGCUCCUGUGCGACAGUCUACGGCUCGCCGAGCGUCGGCCACAGUUUCGCAGCCGGGUGGGCGGUAUCAAGGCCGUGCUGUAUGCAUGGUACCGUGCCCACACGACGAGCAGUAUGCCACAAGACGACAAGGAGGCUUCACCGUUGGUCAAUCUGCAGCGGGAGAUCCACCUCACUGCCCUUGCGGCCUACUUCGACGACCGAGUUACGUAUCGCUACUUGGCGGGCACGAUCCAAGGACGGCUCUUGUCGAUGUUUACCCGCGCCGGCGCGUUUCGACAAAGCGAUGCGCUAGCACACGGUCCAAGCCUCGUCGCGUGGGCCAUCGCAGCCCACGUGGUGGAACCCGCAAAUGCCAAUAUCUACAGAUUCGACGUCGCCGGCCAAAUCGAGGUGCGCAACAGCUCCCACGGCUGGCUCUGUCGGGCCGUCGAAGCCCACAGCCCGCUCCUCUGCGCUCAUGGAGGCUAUGCACGGUUGGCACAAUGGACCGCCGACCGUGCCCUUGCACAUUGUACGAUGCGCGCAGAGGCGAAACGGCACUUGGCUGCGUGUGCCAACGAGCCGCCACCGGCACUCGUGCAGUGGUAUCAGCGUCGCCAUGUGUGAGCCAACUAACGACACCAUCAGACUUUGUUUUACCAUUAAAGGGAGCAUCUUCCUCAAGCACAGAAGCUCGUGUCGGUGGCCUUUUUAACCCGACGGCACAACAAUCUGGUCGAGA